UGUAAGAAUCCCCUGAAACCAUCGAAUAGAAAACGGAGCAGGUUAUAUCAAAGUUUAAAGGUGGGUUGCCACACACGCACUUUUUGGGCACGACGUGGCACGAGGUGAGUGCGUACCCAGUGCGAGCCAACUCGUGUCCAAGAGCGCGCCAGUUCGUGCAGAACGCGUGCCACAAAGUCGGAGAAGUCGAGGCAGGGUCGCACGAAGGCGCGUCAAUUUAAAAAAGUUUAAUAUUUUCCCCCGACGUUGUACGCAAUGGCGACUUCGGGCCCACCUCGUGCCAUCACCUCGUGACGCCUCGUCCCCUGUGCGAGCCACCGCGCGCCCAUGUGCACGACGUCGAGCAUGGCGCGCAGUGGCGCUACUGUGCCACCAGGGCGCGAGGUGUCACGAGGCGUGGUGCGAGGUGGAACGAGGUGUGUGCGAGGUGGGCACGAAGUUAGCGCGAGGCGGGCACGAAGUUAGCGCGAGGUGGAUAGUUCCACCUCUUUGAGUAUCCUUCGGCAACUUGAUUCCAUUCUUCUGGGGUUCUUGGGCACUUGAGCACCUCAGGUUUGUAGAUGUCAAUGAUGGCCUGGCAGACUUUAAGGUGGGUUGCCACACACGCACUUUUUGGGCACGACGUGGCACGAGGUGAGUGCGUACCCAGUGCGAGCCAACUCGUGUCCAAGAGCGCGCCAGUUCGUGCAGAACGCGUGCCACAAAGUCGGAGAAGUCGAGGCAGGGUCGCACGAAGGCGCGUCAAUUUAAAAAAGUUUAAUAUUUUCCCCCGACGUUGUACGCAAUGGCGACUUCGGGCCCACCUCGUGCCAUCACCUCGUGACGCCUCGUCCCCUGUGCGAGCCACCGCGCGCCCAUGUGCACGACGUCGAGCAUGGCGCGCAGUGGCGCUACUUCGUGCCACCAGGGCGCGAGGUGUCACGAGGCGUGGUGCGAGGUGGAACGAGGUGUGUGCGAGGUGGGCACGAAGUUAGCGCGAGGCGGGCACGAAGUUAGCGCGAGGUGGACGCGAGCUGUCUGGCUAACGGCCUCCCAAGGGACCGGAUCGAAGGGGUAUAUAUAAAGGACCCGUGGGCCCCAACGUCACUUAUCUCGCAAACACCGCCAGAAGAGGAACCCUCCCAACUCCAGCCAACCUCACCACCAAGAUGCCCAAGAACGCCAAGCAGCCAGCACCACAGCAAGAGUUGUCCCCGAGUCUGCAGGAGGAAGGAAGUGGUGAUGUCCCUGCUGAUGAGGUUCCUGACGACACCGACGUUCCUGAUGUGGAAGACGUGGCGACCGUACAAGCUGUUGCUGGGCCCUCCAUGAAACGCACUCGGCCAUCCAAGAAAGACGUCAAGGACUAUCCCUUCACCGACGACCAACUGAGGGAGAUUGCAAACUUCGUACAGUCGCAUCCAGAGCUGUACGACAAGCGCAACGAGAAGUGGCUGAAUCCGUCGUGGAAGCUGAGCCUGUGGAUGGAGCUGGCCCGAAACUUCAGUGACUGUUCACACCUGCAGGUGAAGAAGUUGGUGGAGAAGAAGGUUUGGGGCUUCCUGGCAGGUCACAUCGCCCACGAAACUACGCACCCUAGUGAAGACUUCGGCAGACAAUGGGACGACCCAGAAUCCUCCAGCCAGGAGUCUGUCCUAUCGGCCCACUCACUUGCCAGGAGGAAGAGGAAGAAGGAACGCCAGGAGGAGGACCUAUCCAGCCCACGAUCCACCAAAGGUUCCCCGGAGAGAAGUGCCAUCCAAGAACUACUACAGAGUGCACAGCUCCUAGCAACACGGAAACCACCACUUGAGGGACCUGCGGCAGACGUCCGGCAGUUCGUGGAGUUCAUGUACACCCGCCUGAUGAAGGUUUCCCCCAUGCAUCAUGGUGUACUCUUCGCCAAGAUCAACUACAUGAUCAGCCUCAUGGAGGAACCGGUGAUGGGAAGGAGUGCCAUAAAAGACCCAAGGAGAUUGCUGGAUGCUGUGCCCAUGCCAGUAGGAGUUCCGGGCCCAUCGCAGCAGUGGCAGCCUCCUGCACCACCUACUGUCGCUCCUGCUCCACCUCCUCCUCCUCCUCCUCCAGUGUAUCAUCAGCCGCAGUACCAGCAGCCACACUAUGCGCAGCCCCACUACCUACAACAACAGUACCAGCAGCCUCAACAACAACAGUACCAGCAUCCUCAACAACAACAGUACCAGCAGCCUCAACAACAACAGUACCAGCAGCCUCAACAAUCUGAACAGCAACAGUUCCCGCAGCAGCCACAGCAGCAGCAGGUGCCCACCCCACUACAGUGGGAACAGAUACUCGGCUGUACAGCGUCCCCCAUCAAGACCAAACUCCAGCCCCAGAAGACGAAGUCACCGGCGAAGAAGGCCAUCAUGUCCCCCAUGAUCGAGACGCCCAGGGCCUACGAGGCGGAGGAUAGCGACGAGUGAAGAGAUAAUAAACAUGUAACAUAUGUAUUGUGUAUAACCUAAUGUGAAAAUGUAUUAAAUAAAUGUGUAAAACAACAAAUAUAUUUCUACCCUAUUCAUUUACAAUAUAAGUGUAAAUAUAAAAUACUAAAUAUAACAAAGAUAUUGUAAACUACAAACUGAAAAUAAAUAAGUGAGACAUAAAUGGUUACAGAGGAAAGAGAUAUAAUAAAACAUGGAAAUAUGAGAAAUGACAUAAACAUUGACGAAUGGAAAUGAUAAAAGAUAACAGAAAAUAAUGAAGGGUUGGUAAUAAACAACUUGGAUAAUAAUAACUGAAUAUAUAAAUAAGGUAUUGAAAUAAUAACUUACAGAGGAAAAAGAUAUAAUAAAACAUGUAAAUAUGAAAAAUUAACUAAACAUUGAGGAAUGGAGAUUAUAACAGAUACAAGGAAAUAGUAGUUGUUGUAG